AUGGCGAGGAAGAGUUUAUCAUUUCACGAUUACGAGAAAUAUGUGAAGCAAAUCGAUGCUCAAAGCGCGAUUCCACUACCUCCGCCAAUACCUCUCUUGCAUCUGUUGUCGGGAAGAGUUCAAAACGGCAACCACCCUGCAGAUGAGCAAAUAUUAUUCAUGAAAAGCGUGGUGCAAUUCAGUACGCCAUGGGAAUGGAGGAUUUUCUGUCCAAAUACCGCUUGUGGUGAAUUUAUUCCAACACUUGGCAAGAUUGAUCCCAAACAACCAUUCGAGAUAGUUUGUCGAAAUUGCGGAGAUAAAGCUUGUUCCAUUUGCAAGCGUGCGGCGCACUCAACUGGCCAGGAUUGUCCUGAAGAUUUCGAAUUAGAGGCCGUUUUGAGAAUGGCCAAGAGUGCUGGAUGGCGUCGCUGUUACAAAUGUAGAACUCUAGUGGAAUUAUCCCAAGGUUGCAGUCAUAUCACUUGCAGGUGUAAAGCUCAAUUCUGUUAUAUUUGUGGCGCUGUUUGGGAUCCCUCGGUUGGCUGUCCAAAUUAUUGUAAUGGCGAGGAGAUGCUGGAACGUCGACGUCUCGAGGAAGAACAGCGAAUUGCAGAAGAGGAAAAGGCAAAGUUAGCCAGGGAAGAGGCAGAAAAGGCAGAGGCGGCGGAACGUGCAGCGGCUGAAGAACGAACCCGUACAAAUGUUACAUUGAGUGCACUUCGGGCUUGUCAAAUUAAUGAAAGAGACCGAUUUUGUGCUUUCGAGAGGGAGAUGAAAUGGAUUAUGUGGACUCGGCAUGGUCGAGCCAAAAUUGAUAUUUUGGAUCGCUAUAAUGAGCUCUCAACAAAAAUGAAAGAACGUCAUCAAAGAACUUCGACGCAUUUAGAGGAUCGGCAAGUUGCUGCUGAGAUGGAGUUGAGAGCAACCUUAAAACAAAGCGAGAGAAGCGUACAAAUUCGUUUGAAGCACAUGGAAGCUUACUGUAAUGGACUUGGUAGAAGUUCUGGUGGUGAUAAUAUACAAAGAAUUGUUACUGAGAAAGAUCUCAGAGAGCUUGGCCAGCAAUAUAACAUUCGAGAUGAUCUUGGUCGUUUACAUCAAAGUAGGAUCAACGUCAUGCGAGACAAGCAAGCGAAACAAAUGGAAAAUUUGAUCCAUCGACAAGAAGAGGAACUUGAGAAUCUAGUCCUCAAACAGAAUCAAGAGUUAGAGGCUCUUGAGGAGGUGCAUAGUAGAGAAGAAGAAGGAAUAAUUUCAUUGUUCAUAGAGAGAAAGUCACGACUUAUUUGGAGAUGGAAUUUGAUGGAAGAGGUGGAACGAAAGAAGCUCACUAAUAUUGCUGGUGUACAAUUUGCGCCUAUGCCCCCGAUACCGUGGCCUCAACAUAGAAGGUCUCCAGCUCUAGGCCUAGAAUCGGUUUUCGAGUAA